AUGACAAGUAUUUAUACAUCAGACAUCAAACAUCAUAGAAAGGCGCCUCCACCACCUUCCACGUCUAAUACGUUCAGAAGCAACAGUAGCAGUUCUGCUAGCAGUUCCAGUAAUGAUAAACAGUCGAUUAAGUUGAAUAUAAACUCGAAUAAAAGGCAAUCUGGGUGGGUGCAUAUUAAGGACGAUGGGAUUUUCACAUCUUUCCGGUGGAAUAAGCGGUUCAUGAUUAUAAACGAUAAGACAUUAAAUUUCUACAAGAAUGAGCCGACCAAUUUACAUUCGUUCAACGUGCCAGACUCGAGUCUGGUCAAUUCAAAUAGUCCAGACUUGUCUUUUCCUUUAAAUUUGAUCAGCAGUAUAAACUUGAAACCAAAUUCAGGAUACACCAAGACGUCACAAACGUUUGAAAUCGUGCCUAAGAAUAAUGGGAAAUCGAUGUUGAUUUCUAUUAAAUCUAACAAUGACUAUUUGGACUGGCUAGACGCGUUUACCACGAAGUGUCCGUUGAUCAAUAUUGGAAAUGAGAAUUCUACCAACUCGGCAUUAAUUAAUGGUAAUACGGGGGUAUCGAACCCAAUAAACUUCACGCAUAAAGUUCAUGUUGGUUUUGAUCCAGCAAGUGGUAAUUUCACUGGUUUGCCAGACACUUGGAAAAACUUAUUGCAGCAUUCUAAGAUCACAAAUGAGGACUGGAAGAAGAAUCCAGUGGCGGUCAUUGAAGUACUUGAAUUUUAUUCGGAUAUCAACGGUGGCUCUCCUGGUCUGACUCCAAUUAGCCUGCCUUCGAUAAACAACAAUAAUAAUAACAAUACUAAUGGCUCGAGCUUACAAGAAUGGACGAAGCAUCCUUCCAAACAAUUACAAGCAUCUCAACAAGAACAACCACAACAAUUUAAACCUAGUAGAACUGCGCCUAAGCCACCAGUUCCUUAUCAUUUGACUCAGCAAAAGUCACAAAGUAAUGUAUCACCAUUAAACAACUUAUUGCAGAAUUCUGAAAAGCCAGAUGCAAAGAACGAUUCGCAAAAUGACUUGAUACCAGUCAGAAGGGCGCCACCCCCUCCAACUUCAAAUAAACUUAACCUUAACCUUGAUAAAAACAAUAGUGCUCCUAACUUACCUGCCGGUCUAGGUAUAUCAGGUUCUUCAAAUUCAAUUCCAAAGCAAUCACCCCCUUAUUUGCCUAAGCAAAAGGAUUUAAAAAUCCAGACCCCAUCUACUGGCCUUAAUAAAUACCCUUCUCCUCCUUCGAGUGCUCCAGCAGCAGGUCCAAGUUAUAUCAAACCAUUUGGAUUGACUUCUAAGCAAUCACAAUACCUGCAACAACAACAACAACCGUCUCAGCAAGAACAACAAACACCAAAAAGUUCUGGAGCAAAAUAUAUUACCUCUCCGCAGAAGAAUGAUGAGACUCCAAUUAAACCUCUCCAACCUCGUCCUCAAAAGCCUCAACAGCAACAACAUCAGCAAUCGAAUCAACCACAGCUGCAAGUCAAAAAGGUCACCUCUCCACAAAUGGGACAAGGUACAAUCAAGAGUGCAAAGCAGAUUAAGAAAGAGCGUGAAAAGUUAAAUGAGAUGCAGAUUAUUGCUAAAUUGAAGUCUGUGGUUAAUAAUAAUGAUCCAACCCCAUUAUUCAAGAUUAUUGAAAAAGCAGGACAAGGUGCUUCUGGUGCAGUCUAUUUGGCAGAAACUAAGAGUACUGGUAAAAAAGUUGCUAUUAAGCAAAUGGAUAUGAAUGUUCAACCAAGAAAAGAAUUGAUUAUUAACGAAAUUUUGGUCAUGAAAGACUCUCAGCACAAAAAUAUCGUGAACUUCCUAGACUCGUACUUAAGAGGAUCUUCUGAUUUGUGGGUUAUUAUGGAAUAUAUGGAAGGGGGCUCCUUGACAGAGAUUAUUGAAAAUAAUGAGUUCAAAUUAUCAGAAAAGCAAAUUGCCACGAUAUGUUUCGAAACAUUAAAAGGGUUACAGCAUUUGCAUAAAAAGAAUAUCAUACAUAGAGAUAUCAAGUCAGAUAAUGUUUUGUUGGAUGCUAGGGGUAAUGUUAAAAUAACUGAUUUCGGGUUCUGUGCCAAGUUAACUGAUCAAAGAAAUAAAAGAGCUACAAUGGUUGGUACUCCAUAUUGGAUGGCCCCUGAAGUUGUGAAACAAAAAGAAUAUGAUGCCAAGGUAGAUGUUUGGUCUUUAGGUAUCAUGACUAUUGAAAUGAUUGAAGGUGAACCUCCAUACUUGAACGAAGAACCAUUAAAAGCUUUGUAUUUAAUUGCCACAAAUGGUACGCCGAAAUUAAAGAAACCUGAAUUGUUAUCCAAUUCUAUCAAGAAAUUUUUAUCCAUCUGCUUGUGCGUAGAUGUUAGGUAUAGGGCACUGACAGAUGAGUUAAUUGAGCAUUCAUUUAUUCAACAUAAAUCAACCGAUGUUGCAGUAUUAGCACCUUUAUUAGAAUGGAAGAAAAACCCUCGCCCAGAUUAUAGCGAUGAUGAAGACUGA